GCGCCGGGCGGAGCGGCGGGGCGGGGCGGCGGCGGCGGCCAUGCAGGUGGCGGCGCAGGGCUCGAAGCAGGCCGCGCAGGCGGCGGCGCAGGAGCUGGUGAAGUUCGUGAACCGGAGCCCCUCGCCCUACCACGUGGUGGCAGAGUGCCGCAGCCGGCUGCUGCAGGCCGGCUUCCAGGAGCUGAAGGAGACGGAGCACUGGGAGGUGCGGCCGGCGCAGAAGUACUUUGUCACCAGGAACUACUCCACCCUCAUCGCCUUCGCCGUUGGUGGCCAGUUCCAGCCCGGGAAUGGGUUCAGCCUGCUGGGGGCCCACACCGACAGCCCCUGCCUCAGGGUGAAGCGACGCUCUAAACGGGGGCAGGUGGGCACAGUGCAGGUCGGCGUGGAGACCUAUGGAGGGGGCAUCUGGAACACCUGGUUUGACCGUGACCUCACCGUGGCCGGGAGGGUGAUUAUAAAGGACCCAGCCACCGGGCGCCUGGAGCAGCGCCUGGUACAUGUGGAGCGGCCCAUCCUCCGCAUUCCCCACCUGGCCAUCCAUCUGCAGCGCAGCAUCAAUGAGAACUUUGGGCCCAACACCGAGCACCACCUGGUUCCCAUUCUGGCCACUGUUGUGCAGGAGGAGCUGGAAAAGGAAGUGCUUAUGGAGGCCACACCUUGCAACUCUGCAGCCCAGACAGAGCGGCACAGCCCUGUCCUGCUUUCUCUGCUCUGCCCCCAGCUGGGGGUGAAACCAGAGCAGAUUGUGGAGCUGGAACUAUGCCUGGCGGAUACACAGCCAGCGAUGCUGGGCGGUGCCUUCGAUGAGUUCAUCUUCUCCCCACGCCUGGACAACCUGCACAGCUGCUACUGCGCCCUGCAGGCCUUGAUUGACUCAUGUGCAGCGCCCUCCUCCCUCUCCCAGGAGCCCAAUGUCCGUCUCAUCGCACUCUACGACAACGAGGAGGUGGGGUCAGAGAGUGCGCAAGGUGCAGAGUCCUUGCUGACGGAGCUGGUGCUGCGCCGGAUCUCAGCAUCACCGCAAAACCUGACAGCCUUUGAGGAGGCCGUGGCAAAGUCCUACAUGAUCAGUGCUGAUAUGGCCCACGCUGUGCACCCUAACUAUGUGGACAAGCAUGAGGAGAAUCAUCGUCCGGCCUUCCACAAGGGCCCCGUCAUCAAAGUGAACAGCAACCAGCGCUAUGCCUCCACAGCUGUCACUGAAGCAGUCAUCCGGGACAUCGCCGCCCGCGUGGGCGUCCCUCUGCAGGAGUUCAUGGUGCGCAACGACACACCCUGUGGCACCACCAUCGGCCCCAUCCUGGCCUCCCGCCUGGGGCUGCGUGUGCUGGACAUCGGCUGCCCUCAGCUGGCCAUGCACUCCAUCCGGGAGAUGUGCUGUACCUCAGGGGUACUCCAGAGCAUCACUCUCUUCAAGGGCUUCUUCGAGCUCCUGCCGGCGAUCAGCAGCAGCCUGGUGGUCGACUGAGUGCAGCGGGGAGGCUGAGGCUGUGGGCUCGGCCCUGGGGCCAUUAAAGCAUCUCUGUCUCAGUCUCA